GCUUGCGCGCCGGGCAGGGCGGCCUGGUGUCCCCACGCCUGCCGGCCUGUGACCUCGCGGCGCCGCCUCCGCAGGUCUGCUGCGAUGCCCGUCGCGUUGGAGGACAUCAUGAGGCUGCUGUGCUCCAUCUCCGAGGAGAGGAAAAUGAGGGCGGCCGUCAGGCACUCCGGGAGGGGCGCCCUGGUCACAGGGGCUGUGGCCUUUGUUGGUGGUUUGGUGGGCGGCCCACCAGGACUAGCCGUUGGGGGGGCCGUCGGGGGUUUGUUAGGCGCGUGGAUGACAAGUGGACAGUUUAAGCCAGUUCCUCAGAUCAUAAUGGAGCUGCCACCUGCCGAGCAGCAGAAGCUCUUUAACGAAGCCACUGCCAUCGUUAGGCACCUGGAAUGGACGGACGCCGUGCAGCUGACCAUGCUGGUCAUGAGCAGUGAAGCCCUGCAGCAGCAGCUGCUGGCGAUGCUGACCAACUACGUCACCAAGGAGCUCCGGGCAGAAGUGCAGUACGACGACUAGGCCUCUGCUCCGGGAAGCGGGGUCCCCCCGACUCAUGGAAGGUGACUGGGGAGCUGCAGGAAGCCCCACAUCAUCAGAAUAUUACCCUAAACUGUAGCGAAAUCUCCUGCUGGAGAGGCUGGGGCUGUGCUAUAUCAUGUUCUAGAAUUAUUUGAGAAGAUGCCGUGUUUUGUGGCCGUGUGCACCUGUGUGCCCUGACAACCCUUCAGCUGGGAAGCUGGUGAACAGUAAAGCCGUGACUGCUGCCACGUAGUGGCAGUUUUCUGAAUCUACUCUCACUCACACAGGAGCUGGAAGAAGGUCUUCACGUUCAGCCUUCUCAUCUCAUCAUGUGAAGAUGAUGCCUGUACAGGCAGCUGUUGCAGGACCAGCCCUCCCUUGGGACCUAGGGGCUGUCCCCUGCUGGAAUCAUGUUUACCUCUUGAAUGCCCCUUCCCCACCCAGUGACUUCUGAGUGGCCUCAGGGAGGGGGCAGUCGGCCUGCUGAGUGAAGCCACAAACGUCAGUGGCACCCAGCCCCUCCCCCAGUAGCUGCCCGACUGGGCUCUCACCCUCCCAGGGGCUUGCUUUCCCCAUCUGAAAAGUCAUAGUAGUUCCUGAGUUCUGUUUUUUAAUUUAAAUAUUUUCAGUAAAUUAUUGCUCUUUCUGAAGUGGUAGAAUCAUAAGCUAUCUCUAAGAAAUCUGUCCACCCUAAAUUUCCCCUAAUAUUGUUUUUGCUUUGC